GUUUUAUUUUGGCGCGCGCAGCCAUGUUGUGCGAAACAGCUGUUGCGAGGACGUCUCGCGUGAGCUCUGAUGUUUUUAUCAUUUAUAAAGACAAUAAAAUGUGUUGGAGCGUGUUUUUUUGUUGUAAACAAUGAUAGCGUGUUCUGAAUUAAAAAGCUAUUAUAAAAAUGUGUCGAUACUAGUGCGUUCUAAAUAAAUACCAAACAUGGCUUGUGGGUUGCAAAAUUGUGGAGAAGUUAUCGAAGAAGAUCGCGAGUUUCAAGCGGUUUGGAGCAGGUUUUCGGACUGGUUGCAUUGUGUGUGUGUUGUUACUUUCGACCUAGAGCUGGGCCAGGCUAUGGAGAGCGUCUACCCGCCUGGCGUGAUGUUAACAGAUCAAGAAAAAUGCAAUAUAUGUUAUUUGGCGUUCCCUGAUUCUAAUUCGGGAUGUAUGGGUGACACACAGUUCCACGUCCGGCUUCGAUCUCGCAUGCCGCUGACGUCACGCCAGUUAGCUUACAACGAAGAAAGCGUGCCGACAUUACGCGCUGAUUCAACGCACUAUUGGGGCUUCGUUUAUUUCCGACAGGUCAAGGACGCUUCGCUGCCCCGAGGCUACUUCCAGAAGAGCAUAAUCUUGCUAACCAGGUUACCAUUCAUCAAUUUGUUUUACAAAGUGAUACAGUUACUUGCUCCUAAGCAUUUUGAGGAUGGAGAAAGUAGUUUGGAGGCUGCCUGCCAUGAUAUUAACAGAUGGCCUUUGUUAGACGCUGGCCAGAAUGUGUUACUGCCCGUCCUUGGUACUGUGUUUCAAUCGUACAUUCCAAACCAGCAAACUGGCAAAAUAACAAGGUCAGACAUUGCCAAGCAAGUGCAUUCACCUAACAUACCUCAUGUUUUGGUCUCUAUACAGGAUGUGAAUGUGUUUGAUGCUUUGUCCAGUGUUAUAUCUCAUUUACAUCUAUUGUGGGAACUUGUAUUGACAGCUGAGCCUAUUGUAGUUAUGGCCAGUUCACCCACAGAAUGUUCUGCGCUGGUACAAGCCCUCACAUACUUGAUCCAACCAUUGUCAUACUCUGCGGAAUACAGGCCAUAUUUCACAAUACAUGACAGUGAAUUCAAAGAAUUUACUAGAAAGCAGUAUAACCCACCUUGUGUAAUAUUGGGUGUGACCAAUCCAUUCUUCACAAAAACAUUGCAACAUUGGCCUCACACCAUUAAACUUGGUGAUGCCACAUCAAUAAAAACGAAGUUAAGGAAAGUUGGGAAUAUAAAAUUAUUGGACACUGCUCCAGGGGUAUACACCCAAUAUAAACCGUUCCUUGAAAAAGAUAAGGCUAUAAUAAAGAAACUGCAUAAUGGUAUACGAACAGACCGUCCAUCAGAAGUGCAAACAGCAAUGGUGAAGAGACAUUUGCUUGAAUUAACUCAGAGCUUCAUGAUUCCUUUGGAACGGUAUAUGGCUUCACUAAUGCCGUUACAAAAGAACAUAUCCCCAUUCAGAGCUCCUCCAGUACCAAACCCUUUCAACCCAGAAGAUUUUUUUGCUACACUGCAACAGUCAGGCCCGCAAUUAACGACAGGAAUUAAAGGCGACUGGAUAGGUCUGUACAGAAAUUUCUUCAGAACACCCAACUUCAGUGCAUGGUUCCAUGAAAGACAUAGCAGUUUGACAAACAAGUUACACGCAUUACAGUUAGAAGCGUUAGCCGAAAGUGAUUUGAAGAAGUGGUCAAUUGGAAAGAAAGAGGUGGAAAUUGUCGAUAUGGUGCUUAAAUUACGGGAGGUUUUGAAAAGUAACCCUCCUGUCGCGGGAAAUACAAGGACAUUGUUAGCGCGGCGGUUAGAUGAUUUGAACUGUAUAUUGCCGGAAGACAUGAAGUCGAUACUGAAUGCUGCAUCGUGACAUAUGAAUUGCUGCGCCUCAAAAAGAGGAUGCAGCAGUGACUGCAGGAUACAAUUAGAGUUUAUUCAAUGUAUUGAAUGUAUGUGAAUUCGUUAAAGUAGCUUUAAGGGUUAUUUGUAUAGCACACUGUAAAUUGAAGGAAUUGGACACAAAUAAUGUGGUUGAUUCAAAAACUAAAAUAUUUACGUUGUUAUAAAUAGUAACUUAUUUCAUUGGUCAACAGAUUGGUAAUUUUGACAUGUACCUAAUAGCUAAUUAAGAAUUUACAAAUUAAACAAUUACCUUGUUUGCAUGUAAGUAUAACGUCAUACUUUCAAGUAAUAACACAUAUUAUAUAUGCGUAACAGCUUAGCGGGACCACAUUAUUUGUCAGAAACUAAACUUUAUCCCUAUAGCCCAGUGCAUGCCUUUUGCAAUAUAAAUAGCAUCAUUAGUACAUGACAAUGAUUCUAAAAAUAAAAAAUAUUUAAGCAGUGGUAUGAAAUUAAUAAAUGUGUACCAAAUUAUUAUAGAUCUAAGUUGAUAAUUAACCAGAUUAUAUUUUGAAAAUUUCUUUUUUCUGGCCUAUGAAUUUAUAAUCUGCACUGAAUUGUUUGAAUGGCUAUCUUCUUUACUAUUUACUUUUAACAGCAAUUAUAAAAGACUUGAUGAAAAAAUAGGUAAAGCAAUGUUACUCACUUUUUAAUGAUGUUUAUUUGUAUUAUUAUGUUUGAACAAAGGCAUUAUUUUCCUCUUGAUAUGUGGUUUUGAUGUCAAUGUGAGUGAGUUGUAUAAAUAGUAUUAAAGCCAGUGUAGACUAAAUGAUAUUUUAAUACAAUUACUAAAUUAAAUCAUGAAAUGCCUUUAACCUCAUCAAAUGUUAAUUUAUUUUUGCCUCAAUCUCUGCAGUAGAAAUGGCCUUUGUAACAUUAUUACCAGUUGAAUAUAUUUUAUACCACAAUACAUAGCCCCAAAUUCCGUCAUAACAAAAAAUAUUUUUUAAUAGUUUUGUUCGUUUAAUUUAUUUCAUAAUAUGCUACAAAAUAAUUUAAAACUUCCUAAUCUAUUUCACUAAUUUAACACAUAUAAAGUCUAGACUACAUGAUGUAAAUAUUUUUUCCUAAAGUUACUGUAAGCUAAGUGACGUGCGUUCUUGCGUCUUUUGGUUUUAUCUCCGUACAAAUGUCCGUAAUCAUUCAAGUGUUAUCGCAAAUACGUAAUCGGUGCAAUGAGCAUUAAAGCAAGACGGGUAAACGUACGGCACGAUGAGUUGGUUCAGUGCGUUGUCAUAUAAAUAUUCAUGGCUAAGCAAAGGGCGGUAGGGUAACAAUAUUUUACUUAAAAUUUGCAGUCUUGAAUUGUUUUCUAUAGACAAUUUAGAACAGAGCAAAAUUGGCAGUUAUACAACAUUUUACUGUGGACAAAGUUAUCAUUGGAGUAAUUGACUUAUAUAAGAGAAUGGGCGGUACGGAUUGUGGUAAAUGUAGACCGGUCACGCUUGAUUCGAUUCCCUUCGCAUUAUGUUAUAUCUUAGCUCAUACAUAGCCCUACAUCUGUAGCGUUACACUGAAUAUAUUGAGAUUCAAAGAUCCGUUUGUGAUAACAAUGCUAUGUAAAAUUAUGUGCAGACAUUUUUGAAUCAAUAAUAUUUACGUCAUAGGUAAUCCAAUAAAUGAAACAGGUGUAUUAUUUUUCUCGCACCACAAGCCAACUCGAAUUUUGAGCUCAAAUGUCAGCUUAAAAAUGCAACAGAUGAAUAAAUGUUAAUUUGCCACAUGGAAAAACCUUGAGACGCAAAACGCCUGAAUAGGACGAUAAUAACUGUCAAUUUGUAUUCUUCCUAUAUUAAUACGAAAAUAAAAUAGCUUUACAGCUUCUAGCCGUUGCAUUGCUAUCAAUCUCCGUUAUCAAACGUUUGGCAGAAGCUAACAAGAUAAUGAUAACCAUAACAAAGGUUUCGCGUUUGAACCGCGUUGACAUUAAACGUUAAUAUUGUGUUGAUAAAAACAGAUUGGAAGAAUGCUUUAAUAUACACAUAUUUCGGACUAGUUUUUGCUUGCAACUCCGCCCAUUGUCUUUACCAAGACAUAAAGUACUAUGUAAAUUGUUGAAAAGUAAAAAUUAUGAAGUGUUAUUCAUAGCACGGAUAAAUAAAGACAAUGUUAUUUUUAUAACGUAUUUAGGGUUCGUUAAAGGCAAAGGGCCAUAAGCUUACGAAAACCUUAAUUUUUAAAUCACAGAGCAGACAUAAUAAAAUUAUAUAUUUGUUUAAAAUUAGCAUCAGGUACGUAGCUACCACUGAUACAGGGUCCCCGAGCUUUGGGGCCCCUGUAGGCCCAUAUCUACAUUAAACUAAGCAAAUGCCCAAAGGUUCGCACUGCCCUGCCGAGCCCCCACCAAAUUUAGAUAAAGGGCCUUUCUAUGGCAAAUUACGCUUCUGAAUAGCUUAGUUAAACAAUUACCUUGUUUACCCGUUUGCUUUGUAGACCGCAAUAUUGAGAGCAGUAAUUGUAUUUGUUACUGUUUUCGCUAUUACAUUAGAAAUCUUAGAAAGUUUGGUGUGUCGGGCUAAUACUGAAAUUGAGUUAUUAAAUUUAACUACCAUGGAAAAAAUGGACUGCCCCAUGGGCGUCGUUGUGAUAUGUUAUUCUCAGAUCUGGAAUAUCAGCUAUGUUGGAUUUUUCUGCUCAGUAUCAGACCGGAGUCUGGAAUUUGUGCUUGUUGUGGCAAUAAAUUCGCUUCCUAUUACAAGGGACGGAAUAUGUACAUGGCGAAAAGUGGGCGCACUAGUUGUGCCUUUGCCUGCCCCUUCAGGGAUAAAUGGUGAAGGGGUAAAAAUAUUGUGUAGCCUCACAAGAUAAAAGUAAUUAAUAUUUAAGACAGAAAACUUGGAUUUGAAUUCAGUGUAUCUUAAUAUACAUGUUCUUGAACAAGUGAACGUUUUAUAUCGACAUAGUCUGGAUCAGAAUGUGUUUAAAUCUAGUUUAGCUCGUAUAACAACAUAAUCGGAGUGGCAGCAGUAUUAAAUGGAUUUAAUUCUUUGCAUUACUUCGUUGAAGUUUUCCACUGAGUCAUAUUCUAAUUCACAUGUAAUAAAAUCUCCGUAUGUAAUAACUUUCUUUUUUUAACAAACAAUUGCCAAUAAUGUAAUCGCUGCUUUUUUUUUCAUCAACACAAUAUAUCGUACUUCGUUUGUUACAAUAUUAUUAUGUUUUUAUUGUUCUCCGUGUUUAGUAUAAGUACUUCGUUAGACAUUAUAAAUAUAGGGUAUUGUAUUUCUUAUGUUGAAUGGUAGACAUAGAAAUGGAAAUAUUUCGCGGAUUUUAUUGCGUAUUUCAUUAUAAUUUUCUCUCCACGUUUCGAAGACUGUAAUUCCUUUAGUCCCUCCCGUGACCAUUAAGGCUGGAGUCUUCGAAACGGCGGGAGAAAUUGAUAUUAUAAAAAACUGUUAUAAAAUCAGGAAAAAGUUUCAUUUCGAUAUAUAUGUUCAAAUAACAAUGCGAAAACGAUAGUUGUAACCCUGAACUCGUUACGGCACAUGCAUGCACUUAAAUUAAAGUGAUUUUGGUAAAAUUGUUAUAUACAUUCGAAUCCUUUGCAUUAAACACUAUUUGUUCCAACACAGUCCCAGAAAAUCCCAACAGAUGUACAGUCUACAGAAAAAUGUUUCAUGCGAACUAAAGCACAUGCAUUCAAAAUGUUAAAAUACGUUAAUUAUAGUAAAUAAAUACCCAAUUAGAGAAAUGUAGUAAGUUAUAAAAAAUGUUUACGUCUGUAAUUUAGGUAUUGUUAGAAUGUUUAUUUUUAAAACUCGUUUUGUUUAAAUAAAACAAUGUUGUUUACACAAUAGUGAACAAUUGCAUAGCUAAGAUGCUAACUGAUAAUGUACAACACUAGGGCCAUAUGAACGAGCGACUGCGUAAAACUAGUAGUGUAAGCAAAAUGACUAUUUUUGUUUUAGUGUACCUAUAUGAUAUUAUAGUUGUGGAUUGUUCUGUAUAUAUAACGUUAAGCUUGCGAUGCCAUUCAUAAAAAUAAAGAUCUUAUCUACGUUUAUUUUAUAGCAUAAAUUAACCUAAUGUUUGUUCUUACUGCGGGGCCCUUUUCAACAAACGACUCAAUCCCCUAACUGCGGAUCGAUGGUAAUAACCAAUCAUGAACCGCCAUUUUCAAUAAUCGAUUUUUUCGAUCCAUCUCAGAAAUGCACCAAUCAUAACAAAGAUUAUUUGACUAGCCUACAAAUUUGAUUAGUUUAUUCUCGGAAUCGGAUUGAAGAUUGAGACCGGGAUCGUUUAUUGCAAACGACUGUAAGUAAUUUGUAAGAAUUUUAAAUAAACUGUUCUGAUUUGGCCAUUUUAAUUGUUGAUCCAAUAGUAGGGGUUAAAAUGUUUUAUUGCGAACGACUAGACGAGUUACAAAUAUAAGUUUGUUUUUGUUUUUUAUAACAGGUUAUUCUUUAAUUCAAUUAUUUCACGUAAAGGUUACUUACCUUUAUUUUGAAAAUGUUAUUGUUUAAUUGGAUUAUUUGCUUACUUAGUAUAAAGCAGUGGCUUAGUGCGGGAAUAAUCGAAUUACAAGAAAUAGCUUGAAGUUGAAACCCCCUAAUUCGGCAGUUUCAGUAAAUUUAUAGAACAUAACGAGUCACAUUAGUCUCUAGAGGUUAAGACCUUUGUAUGUUGUCUGUAGUACUCACCCCAAGAUAAUUUAUUGCCAGAUUGUUAUUGGCAUAUGAUGCAAUAUAGGUAUAAAUAAAAUUUCUUUUUGGUAUCUGCACUUUUAGUACGAAGGUGAUAGUAUGGGUUUUAUGACUUGCCUACUAGGCCUUUGAACCUAUCAGCUUGUUUUGAGUUAUAGUAGAAUUGUUGAAAUAAAAUUACUCAUUCCCAAUAAGUAAUGUUUUUAUGAAUGGCAUUUUAAUGUGUUAAAUAUAUAACCAGCAUAAGAUGUCCAGUUAGUAAAUAUAUUUUCGGAA